CUAGAAAAUAGGCUUCAUAUCAAUGGACGGGAAAUCCACAUAUUUUGGUUGUUCCUCUUCCAACCCAAGGCCAUGCAAUUCCUCUGAUGGAGCUCUCACAAAUCUUGAUCAAGCAUGGCAUCAAAAUCACAUUUGUACUAAGGAAAACAGGAAUCAUUUAGGGAAGUUUGCUGAAGCAUGCUGGAAGUUCAUGCCAAGUGAGCUCAAGCAGCUAAUAGAGAAGAUUAGUCAAACAGAUAACGAUGAGAUUACAUGUGUUCUAGCUAAUAUGACGAUGGGAUUGGGAGUUGAAGUUGCAACCAUGCUUCUAGCCUUGAUUGUUACCGUCCCCAAUCUGAUUGAUGAUGGAGUUAUUGAUGAAAAUGAGUGGUUACUCUGCAACUCAAUAUACGACCUAGAGGAUGAAGCAUUUGCUUUGGUUCCCAAGCUCUUCCCUGUGGGCUCGCUUUCAGGACUUGACAAACAAGGAAACUUAGAGGUUAAUUUCUGGCCGGGGGAUACCUCUUGUUUGAAAUGGCUUGACCAACAGUUGCCGUGCUCAGUCAUAUACAUGGCAUUUGGCAGCUUCACUAUUCUCAAUCAUACACAAUUCCAAGAAUUAGCAAUAGCCCUUGAACUCUCCAAUAGACCAUGUCUAUGGGUUGUGAGACUAGAUAUUAUGGAAGGUAAAGACAAUGCAUACCUAGAUGGGUUUCAUAAUAGAGUGGUUGAUCGUGGAAGGAUGCUGGAUUGGGCACCACAACAAGUAGUUCUAGGUCAUCCUUCCAUUGCUUGCUUUAUGAGUCGCUGUGGCUAGAAUUCCACCAUGGAGGGGGUAAGCAACGGGGGUCCCUUUCCUCUGCUGGCCCUACUUUGGUGACCAAUUCUUGAACAAGAGCUACAUUUGUGAGAUUUGGAAGGUGGGGUUGAAAUUUGAGAAGGAUGAAAGUGGGAUUAUCAGAGGAGAAGAGAUUAAAUGUAAAAUAGAGAAACUACUAGGUGUUGAGAAUUUUGAAGUGAGGGCUCUUGAAUCAAAGGAGAAGACUAUGAACAACAUCAAAGAAGGUGGUUCCUCUGACCAGCAUCUUAAGAGUUUCAUUGAAUGGUUGAAAUCAUAGACAAGUUGUUUUCGGUUUGGUUGCUGUAUCAUUUUCUUUGCCAUAUUUUCUAUCUUUUUUUCUUCAUGUAUGAAACUCUGCAAUAAAAUUAUGUUCCUAUA